AUGCUUUCCAACGUCUUGACAUUCUCCCUCCUCGCCAGUGGCGCCCUCGCCAUCCCCCUCGAUGUCGACAUCGAGAAACGUGUUACCUGCUCUAACGUCCAUAUCUUCGGUGCGCGCGAGACCACCGUAUCUCCCGGAUACGGCUCAUCCAGCACGGUCGUCAACGGCCUUCUCAGCGCCUACCCAGGCUCUACAGCCGAGGCCAUCAACUACCCUGCAUGCGGUGGCCAGUCAUCCUGCGGUGGCGUGAACUACUCUGCCUCAGUGGCACAGGGCAUCGCAGCUGUCGCCUCAGCCGUCAAUUCCUACAACUCGCAGUGUCCAUCGAGCAAGCUCGUUCUGGUCGGAUAUUCCCAGGGUGCUGAGAUCAUGGACGCAGCUUUGUGCGGCGGCGGUGUCCCUAACCAGGGCUACACCAACACCGCUGUCCAGCUGUCGGCUUCUGCUGUGAACAUGGUCAAGGCGGCCAUUCUCAUGGGUGAUCCGCUGUUCAAGGCCGGCUUGUCGUAUGAGGUUGGAACUUGUGCGGCUGGAGGUUUCGAUGCCCGUCCCUCUGGUUUCUAUUGCCCGUCUGCUAGUAAGAUUCAGUCUUACUGCGACUCUUCGGACCCUUACUGCUGCAAUGGCAAUAAUGGGGCAACCCACCAGGGUUAUGGAGCUGAGUAUGGUUCUCAGGCAAUUUCCUUCGUCCGAUCUAAAUUGGGUUGA